UAAUUGCGCGCCCCGAUCGCCGCGCGCUCAACUCCAGGGUAACUUCGGCAAGUAAAGCGGAUAAAAGAUAAAAAAGAGCUAUUCCCCCCCUUCCCGCCUCCUCCCUUGUCCUUCGUGUCGGCCCUCGCGGUGGCGAUAAACAUGAUUCCCGGCAGUGACUCUCGACGGUGUUUCUGCUCGGAGAAUUGACGGCUAGCCAUUAGAGAAUAAAAGUCAGCAAAAGACCGACCGCCGACGAUAUCUCUCUCGAAUAGAAGGCUAGCCAUUAGACUCUUAUUGGUCUUCCUCCUUUACUCACUAUGACGUCGAUUCCCGGCAACGUUUUGCCGAUGUCGAAACGAGACGAACGAUGCUCCACGAACGAAGAAUGUAGACGAGACAAGGGGAGGGCAAGCGGAUCUGCCUGUCGCGGAUUCGGAGGAGGACAUCACCGCCGUCUGAAGUCUAAUCGCCUCGAACCGCGUCGAGUAUCUUCCUCGCGUCUUCCUCGCUCCGAACAGGCAUGAUGUCGAGAAAUCCAAAUUCCUGGCGGGCUGGCCCCGGCAUAUUGGAGGCCCUGUUGGUGCUUAGCCUGUUCCUGCUCUUCGUCCUGCAGCCGGAUCCUUGUCGCGGCUCGCCGUCUCAUCGGAGGCACCACGAGCACGAGCUGCACGCCGCCCAGGAGACGUCGUCGCACGAGGACGCCAGGAGUUCCAGGUCGAGCGAGGAGCUUCCACGACCGUCCGCCUUCACCGGCGAUCCGCUGGUGGUGCGUAUCAGGAAGGGGAUGGUCCGCGGCAGGACCAUAGUCGCGACAACCGGCAAGGAGGUCGACGCCUGGCUCGGCAUACCCUACGCCCAGAAACCUCUCGGUCCGCUGAGGUUUCGCCAUCCACGCCCGGUGGAUCGCUGGUCGGGCGUGCUGAACGCGACCAGCCUGCCGAACAGCUGCGUGCAGAUCUUAGACACGGUGUUCGGCGACUUCGCCGGCGCCACCAUGUGGAAUCCGAACACGCCGCUGAGCGAGGACUGCCUGUAUGUGAAUGUGGUGGUCCCGCGGCCCAGGCCUACGAACGCCGCUGUCAUGGUAUGGAUAUUCGGUGGUGGCUUCUACUCCGGUUCGGCCACCCUCGAUGUGUACGACCACAAGACCCUGGUGUCGGAGGAGAACGUGAUCUUGGUGUCGAUGCAGUAUCGCGUGGCCAGUCUUGGCUUCCUGUACUUCGGCACGUCCGAUGUGCCCGGUAAUGCCGGUCUCUUCGAUCAAAUGAUGGCCCUGCAAUGGGUGCGCGACAACAUCGCCGCGUUCGGCGGCAACCCCGAGAACGUGACGCUCUUCGGCGAGAGCGCGGGCGCGGUCUCCGUCUCCAUGCAUCUUCUGUCCCCGCUGUCUAGGCACCUGUUUAACCAGGCCAUCAUGCAAUCGGGCUCGCCGACCACGCCAUGGGCGAUAAUCUCGCGCGAAGAAUCGAUCGUGCGCGGCAUCCGGUUGGCCGAGGCGGUCGGCUGUCCGCACGAUCGCAACAAUCUGCGCGAGGUGAUCGACUGCCUGCUGACGAAGGACGCGGAGGAGCUGGUGAAGAACGAGUGGGGCACCCUCGGGAUUUGUGAGUUCCCGUUCGUGCCGGUGAUCGACGGCGCGUUCCUCGACGAGACGCCCCAGCGCUCGCUUGCCACGACGUCCUUCAAGAAGGCGAACAUCCUGAUGGGCUCCAACACCGAGGAGGGCUUCUACUUCAUCAUCUACUACCUGACGGAGCUGUUUCGCAUCGACGGCGUCGAGGACGUGAAGGUGACGCGCGAUCAGUUCGUCAGCGCCGUGUCCGAGCUGAAUCCCUACGUGAAUCAGAUCGGCCGCCACGCCAUCAUCUACGAGUACACCGACUGGCUGCACCCGGACGAUCCGCACGCGAAUCGCGAUGCCCUAGACAAGAUGGUCGGCGACUAUCAGUUCACCUGCAACGUCAACGAAUUCGCCGGUCGUUACGCCGACACCGGCAACACCGUCUAUAUGUAUUAUUACAAACACAGAUCCAGGAAUAAUCCGUGGCCGCGAUGGACCGGGGUCAUGCAUGCCGAUGAGAUAAGCUACAUUUUCGGAGAACCGUUGGACUCGUCCAAGGGUUACACGUACGAGGAGGUGCAGCUCUCGAAGAGAAUGAUGAGAUACUGGGCGAAUUUCGCAAAAACGGGGGAUCCGAACGUGGGCGAUGCCGGCGGGUCGCCGUCGUUGGCUUACUGGCCGCCGCACACCGCCGCCAAUAAAGAGUACCUGACCUUGGACAUCAACAGCACGGAGAUCGGCAGCGGUCCUAGGGUGAGGCAGUGCGCCUUCUGGAAGAAGUAUCUGCCGCAGCUGCUCGGUGCCACGUCGAAAUUGGAGGUCGGCUCCAAGGAAACGUGCGGUAGCACGAGUCUCGCCGACUCCGGCGCGACCCGGGUACUCCUGAUCUUGAGCCUGUUAUUGACCGGCCUCACUACUCUGCCUCACAUUCAGCACGACGUCAGAGGUAUCGUUUAGCUCCCGGCCGCCGCCGCCGCUGGAUCGGUGGUCGGCCGUCGAGCCGCCGUCCUAGCCCCGUCGAGCAGCAGAAGCAUCAGCAUCGGCAUUGACAGCAGCAGCAGUAGCAGCAGCAGCAGCAGCAACAGCAGCAGCAGCAGCAGCAGCAGCAGCAGCAGCAGCAGUAUCGGCAUCAGCAUCAGCAGCAGCGGCGUCCGUUCUCCCUGAAGAAGAGAAACGAGAACGAGAUGAACGGAUAAGCGUGCGAACAACGAACGGACGAUCGGGAAGACGACGAAACCGCGCGAGAAGCAGACAUAUCAAUAGUAGAAGAGUGCUCGAUCGCCGGGGAUCGACGAUAGAACAAAGAAGAAAUAACACACACACACACACACACACACACACACACACACACACACACACACACACACACACACACACGCCCGCCUAUGAGAGAGAUCUCGCUCGGUCGGAAGUUACGGGGGAUGGGGAGGGCCCCGGGGGCCCGGGAUGGAAUCGAGUUCGCGUAGCAUCCACGCGCGUAUUCGAGAAAUCGUGAGAUCCGAGAGAGAUGGGCGACGAACGGCGAUCCAACGGCAACGAUGGACGACGACGAGAGGUAAGGAGAGAGUGGAAAAUAAAGGGCGAAUCACCGGUCCGACAUAGCGAAGUGCGGGCGAUGAAAGGGGGACGAGACGAUGGCACGAAACUAUUGGCGAAACUACGCCGACGGUUUUAAUUGCGCUAAUUACAGUUCCUACGAGUCACUCCGAGGUGUGAGGCUCUUUUCCCGUUCGCGCGGGCGCGACAGAACGGCGAGGAACUUUGAAAAGUUGAAAGGUUUAUUUAAGUCCGAACGAGGAACCGCGUUGUCGCGUAAACGCGAGGAAUUUGAAAAUGUGAUAAAAACUCAAAAGUUCGAGGAUUACAUAAAAAUUCAAAUGCGCUUAGAGCAAAAAUCAAACGAUUCGAGAAUUCAAAAAUGCGAUAAAAACUGAAAAAUUCAAAUACGCGAAGAUCAAACGUUUCGAGAAAUCGUAAACGAGGGGGAAUUCGAGAAAGUAGGCACGCGGAAAUAUAGAAAAGGGAAACCCCCGCGUGGGAAAAUCGCAGGCACGAGGAUUCGAGGGCGCGAGGGGAUUCGAGGCGUCGGAGAAGCUGUAUUACGACACGCGCGAAUUCAUCGCGUCGUAAAAUCAUCGUCGUUACGCCAUCGGUGAUCCCUCGCCUCACGUCGGUAUUCCAUCCGGGACACGAGAACGGCGCGUUGUACCACCCCGCUAUAUAUCCAUUAUGUGGGUCACCAUCGCGAUGGGUUUUAUGAGCACGAAUCGCCGCGUCGCGUCGCGUUUACCGUGACAUUAUCCCGCGGGACAAGGAAUAUAUAUAUAUAUAUAUAUAUAUAUAUAUACGAAUACUAGAUAUACCGGACGCGGGGAUGAUCGAAGCAGGGGGGAAGGGUAAGAGCGUAAUUUCUCUCGAGCUUUACCGGAUCCGCGGCGCUUCCGUUGCAUUAUCGAGAGAGGGGUCUCCGUUGAA